UACACAAAAUGAAGCCAUUUUGCAAAUAUAAUUUUUGGAGCUGAACUAACACACCCUCCUUCACUCAGUAGCUAGGGAACACAUUACACCAGAAAACUUAACUUGAACGUGAGGAAGGGUGUAGAAAUGCUGCGACUGUAACAGACGAGGAGGAGAGAGAGGACUAGAGAGGAGGAGGAGGAGGAGGAGAGAGAGGAGACGAGAGAGAGAGAGAGCGAGAGAGGAACAGACAGUCAGAGGACCAGUAUGGACUAUGACAGAAGGGGGGGUCGGGGAGACCGCAUGGGUCGCUAUGGCAACAACAGCUCCUCCGACCACGACUACCGAGACAUGGAUUACCGGGGCUACGGAUCGGAAGAGGCGGAGCUGGGGACAGGAUAUGACCUCAGAGCCGGUGCCGGCCGCAGCGACAAAGCCGACCAACCGGCGGGCGUCCGGGAGUUCACGACACCGGCCCGUUUCCACGACCAACGGCCAGGGUUCCGUCAGAGGGGUGGUCGGGGCGGUAAAGGGUUCCCAUCGCCCUGCGCCCCUCGAUCCCUGGUCUUACCCCUGCCAGAGGUAGCCCUGCCCAGGCUGCAGAGAGAGGAGAGAAUGGGAGAGGCAUCCAGGAGAGACUUUCAGAGCUUCAGGCCCAACUCAGAGGGUAGAGGAAGGGGGGGAGGAGGUAGAGGGGGAGGAAGAAGAGGAAGGGGAGAGAGGGGAUACCCUGAGAACAAUGCCUCUCACCUGGGGGAGAGAGAGGGAGACUGGGGGAGGAUGGAAGGAGGUGCAAGGGGAGGUGUCACCCCUGCUGAACAGGAGGAGUACAGCACCCUGAGAGGAGGACCAGGGGAGGAGGACAUGUUCCUCAGGGGGGGAGGACAAGGGAAGGAGGAGAGGUUCCUCAGAGGAGGAGGACCAGGGGAGGAGGAGAGGUUCCCCAGAGGAGGAGGACCAGGGGAGGAGAGGUUCCUCAGGGGAGGAGGACCAGGGAAGAGAAAGGGUUUCUCCGUGGGCUCUCCAGAGGAUGACUGUGGUGGUGGUGGCAAGGGCCCGGGGCUGCUAGGGGAGGGGCUAGGGGCCGGUCCUGGGGGUUCAGACCCCCCCUCUUCAGUAGUAGAGGACCCAGAACAGAGAGAGCUGAUGGAGUUCAGACCAGACCUUCUGGACCAGAACCAACGACCAUCCAACAUCAUCAUGUUACGCAUGCUGCCACCCAACGCUACCGCCAACGAGAUACGUACCCAGCUCCAGGACCAGGGGAUUGAUCCGACAGAGGUUCUGAUUCGCCUGAUGAGGAACAAGUCUUCAGGUCAGAGCCGUGGAUUCGCCUUCGUGGAGUUUAAUCACAUACAGGAGGCCUGCCGCUGGAUGGAGACCAAUCAGAGGGUUUUGUCUAUCCUAGGCCAGAGGGUGUCUAUGCACUACAGUGACCCUAAACCACGCGCCAACGAGGACUGGCUCUGUAACAAGUGUGGGGUUCAGAACUUCAAGAGGAGAGAGAAGUGCUUUAAAUGUGGUGUUCCUAAAUCAGAGGCAGAGCUGAAACUGCCCCAGCUGAGGGAGUUACCUCUGGGUGUGCAUCAGAAGGACGGCUUAUUGCCCCUCCCUGCUCUCUACCAGCCAGCUGCUACCACCUCUACUGCCGUCACCACUCCCAGGGCUGGGGGCAGGGCUGGGGCAGGAGGAGCUGACACACAGCAGGCUGAGGUGGCCAACGACACUCUGAUCCUGAGGAACCUGGGUCCCCAUACCUCCCUGGAGUCCAUCCUGUCCACUCUGGCUCCCUUCGCUACUCUGUCGCCUUCUAAUGUUCGACUGAUCAAAGAUAAACAGACACAACUCAACCGGGGCUUCGCUUUCCUACAGCUGUCUACUAUAGUGGAAGCAUCUCAGCUUCUCCAGAUCCUCCAGGCCUUACAGCCAGCUCUCUCUAUAGAUGGGAAGGCCAUCGCCGUGGAGUUCGCCAAAGGAUCCAAACGUGAUGUGUUCCUGACAGAUGGCAGUAGAGUGAGUGCUGCUACAGUCGCCAGUACAGCCAUCGCUGCAGCACAGUGGGCCGUUACCCAGACGGCCCAGUCCCUAUCUUCUGCCUCCCAGCAGGGUGUGGAGGUGGGGUUGUACCACCAGGGGGCAGCAGUAACACUGGGAGUCUAUGGAGGCCAGGAGAACCACAACUACACAGUGGUGACAGAGGGCCCGGCCUACAAGGCCCAGGCAGGGGGAAUGGAUACAUCCCUACCCAGCCCAGGAGCAGGCCUGAUGGGGGCAUACACAGGAACAGCACCUGCAGCGAUCUGUUCUGAGGCUGUAGUUUCUGGAAUGGAUGGCGUGCAGCUCUCUCUCGGCCAAUCACACGCUCCACUCAUCACUACGGCAACCACACAGGCCAAUCAGCAUGUAGAGAUAGUGGGUAAGCCUCAACCUGCCACUCCCACCCACCCUGCCACCCCCGGCACCGCACACCAGUACCAACAAUACCCGGUCCCGGACGUGUCCACGUACCAAUACGAGGAGAGUUCUGGCUACUACUACGACCCUCUAACUGGACUCUACUACGACCCUAACUCACAGUACUACUAUAACGGGGUCACUCUGCAGUAUAUGUACUGGGACGGAGAGAAGCAAACCUACGUUCCAGCUCCUGCCCAAUCAACAGCUGAGGCUGCCGUUGCCCCCGGUGAUAACUCCGCCCCCCCUGAUCCUCCCUCUUCUGCUCCUGGAGGCAAGGAGAAGAAGGACAAGCCCAAAAAUAAGACAGCCCAACAGAUAGCGAAGGACAUGGAGCGUUGGGCUAAGAGUCUGAACAGACAGAAGGAGAACGUUCGCUCUCUCUCCUCUUCCUCCUCUUCCUGCUCCACCACCCCUGUGACCUCUAUGGCUCCUCCCCCUGGUUACGCCCGGGUGCCUGGACACGGUCGCCUUGACGAUCGCCGAGAGUCCGCCAGCGCUGACGCCGGUUAUGCUGUCCUGGAGAAGAAGGGGGCGUUGUCUGAAAGACCUCAGAUCAUCCUGGACCAGCUCAGACACACAGACAGAGAGCGCUCUCCACCUCAGGUGCAGGGUUUGGUUCCGGCCUACAGCGGCGAGACGGACAGCGAGGGAGAGGAGGGAGGAGAGAAGGAUGAGAGGAUGACAGACUGGGCUAAACUAGCCUGUCUGCUGUGUAGGAGACAGUUCCCCAGCAAGGAGGCUCUCAUACGACACCAACAGCUCUCAGAGCUACACAAGCAAAACCUGGAGCAGCGGAGGUCACAGCAAGAGGGGGGUAUAGGGGCGGGGGCG